ACUGCUGCUGACUUGCCCGCGUCCUUCUUCCUCUGAACUAACCUCGCUCCCAAAUAACAAAACAAAAACAGAAAAAUAGGAAAAAAUAAAAAGAAAAACAAAACCCUCAUUCGCACCGAGCAAGGAAAAUCAAGUCCAAUUUAAAGAAAAUAUGAAGAAUUCUCUCUUUCUCUUCUCGCUUCUCCUUGUCAUUAGUCUACCCUUCUCCUCCCAAACCCGGUCCCCAAAAAUCCCGAAACCGCCAGUCACCCAGGCUCACACCGAGCUUACGACCUACGGUUUCCCAGUCGGUCUCCUUCCCGCCUCUGUCCAAAAAUACACUCUAAACCAAACAUCCGGCGACUUCGCCGUCGAUCUUGGUGGCACGUGCAAGAUAACUCCGCCUGACAACUACCUGGCCACGUACUCCAAGCGGAUAACGGGGAAAAUUGACCAGGGGAAGAUAGCGGAGCUGGAUGGCAUCCGAGUCCGGGCUUUGUUCAAGUGGUGGUCCAUAACGGGGAUCCGAUCUAGUGGGGAUAAUUUGGUCUUUGAAGUUGGGAUGGUUACGGCUAAAUAUCCAGCUAAGAAUUUCGACGAAAGCCCCUUCUGCGAAGGCCAGCAUUCAUCCUCUUAAAACUAACUACUAAAAUAAUAAAGGGCGUUGUGUUUGCUGCUCGGAUUACAUUACACGUCUGUCCACUGUAAUUGUUAGACUUUAGUCUCAUCUAGACUUAAGCCUACAGAGAACUUUACCCCCCAUAAUCUAUUUGUGUAUAUAGACCCCGGAUUUCUGCAGUAGUGUUAUCUUUUCCUUAUAUUUGGUCCCAUUAUUGAAGGUCUUGUGGAUGUUUUAAAACUAGUUAUGGUAAAAUUCUCCCAUUCUCCAA